AUCAAGCUCCACAGUCCUGCUACAGUCUACAGCUGUAUAACAGUCCUCUCUCCUCGUGUUCUCUCUCGACCAGCAGACAGUCAGUCAUCAUGUACGGCCACAGCAUCAGGCAGAGCCACAGCUACAGAACAAGUGCUGCACCCCAGAAGGCUCACAGUGUGUCAGGACUCAGCUUUAGAGGAGGCCCACGCAUCUCAUCUACCAGCGUCCGCACUGUCUCCUCUGGGUAUGGAGGUGGCUUGGGAAGCAGCAUGGGAGGCAGCAUGGGUAUGGGCGGUGGGUUCGACCUGUCCAGCGCCCUGGACCAGAGCGCUGUGCACCUGAACGAGAAGGCCACCAUGCAGAACCUGAACGACCGUCUGGCCUCCUACCUGGACAAGGUCCGCUCCCUGGAGGCGGCCAACGCCAAGCUGGAGAUGCAGAUCAGAGAGUACUACGAGCAGAAGGGGCCUGCAGCUGAGAGGGACUACAGCAACUACUGGGCCAUUAUCAAUGACCUGAAGGACAAGAUUGCCGCCGCCACCAUCGGCAACGCCAACAUCCUGCUCCAGAUUGAUAACUCCAAGCUGGCUGCUGAUGACUUCAAAACCAAAUUUGACCAUGAGCUGAUGAUGCGCCAGUCAGUUGAGGCUGACAUUGCCAACCUGCGCCGUCUGCUGGACCAGACCACCCUGACAAAGGCCGACCUGGAGAUGCAGAUCGAGGGCCUGCAGGAUGAGCUGGCCUACCUCAAGAAGAAUCACGCAGAGGAGCUGGAAGCACUGCGCUCUCAGCUCACCGGCACAGUCAACGUGGAGGUGGAUGCCGCACCCCAGCAAGACCUCAACAAAGUCCUGGAGGAGAUCCGCUCCCAGUACGAAGCCAUCACUGACAAACAUCGACGUGAGCAGGAGGGCUGGUUUAAUGAGAAGUCGGCAGCUCUAUCCAAGGAGGUAGCAGUCAGCACAGAGACAAUCCAGACGUCCAAGACAGAGAUCGGUGACCUUCGGCGCACACUGCAGGGCCUGGAGAUUGAGCUACAGUCUCAGCUCAGCAUGAAAGGAGCUCUGGAAAACACAUUGGCAGAAACAGAGGCACGUUACAGCGCCAUGCUCGCCGGCUUCCAGAACACAAUCAACAUGCUUGAAGCCGAACUAGCCAACGUGCGCGCGAGCAUCGAGCAACAGGGCCAGGAUUACAAGAUGCUGCUCGACAUCAAGACCAGGCUGGAGCAGGAGAUUGCAACCUACAGGAGCCUGCUGGAAACAGAGGAGUCCAGACCUAUUGGCACAGGGGGCUCAAAAACCACAGUCACAACCACCACUGUGCGCAGCUCCAGCUAGGAGGUCCAACUGGCAGGACAAGCUGUUCUCAGACACACACACCCACACACAAACACUCCAACUAAUAAAAGCUGUUACACGAGAUGAGUGAAACCGUACUGAAAAAAGAUAUGCUGAAAGUGAAGCCCGUGUGUGUGUGUGUGUGUGUGACCUGUCUGACAAAUAAAUCUGCUGGUGACUACGA